AAUCCCUCUCUCUCGCGAUCUUUCUGUCACACACGCACUAAGAGAGAGCGAAGAACCUAGAAAGCACACGUUGACAGGUCGACCACAAAAUUCAAGUUUGAGGACUACGAGGGAAAUUGCUACGCGAGAACAAGGAUUCACACAAUGAAACGCACGACAGUCUGUUGGCAUCUGUGUUUGUGUGUCAUGAUGAUGUUCUCGGCAUCAUGCGAAACCAAACGUGUCAUGCUGAUGCCACUCCCUCUUUCAAGUCAUGUCGUCAUGCACAAGGCGCUUGCGGAAGCAUUGACGGCCAAAGGUCACGAGGUGUGGGUCGUUCUGUCUACCGACAUCGUCAGAAAGGGUUACCAUGACCUGAAGGGAGUGCACAUCAUCGAGUACACCACCAGCAUCUCCAUGCAAGACGACACUGUCUUGCCUUUUCUUUUGAAACCAUAUUUGGAGGGGAGAGAACCAGAAAUGGAGAAUCACAUCCAGUUGAUGUGGCAGAUGAACGACGAGAUCAUGACCAACCAGUCGCUGUUUCAGACAAUGCGAGAUGCCAAGCCAGAUCUCUUCGUGUACGACGAUGGUAAUCAUCAGAGAAUCUACCUUAUCUUCGCCUACAGGAUGGGGGUACCUUUUGCCGGCGUGCACUUCGCACAGGACCCCUUCUUCCGCAGAAUUCCUUUUUCUCCCGCCGUCGACCCCAUCGAGUUCGUUCCCCUCGGCCAGCACAUGACCUUCGCGGAGCGUUUGAACAACUUUCUGUCCUAUGUAUCUCUCUACAUGGGGCAUCCUCUCUGUCCGGAAAAUGCCGUGGAGUUGUAUGCACCUGAGAUGCCCUAUAUUCCAAUGACUAUGUUGGGAGCCAAGGCGGAGGUGUACCUGUCUGUGCAUGAUCAUUUUCUGGACUAUUCUCGACCAUCUUUACCCAAUACUAAAGUCAUUGGCGGGAUAGCGGCUUCGCCAGCAAAACCUCUGUCUGCGGAUCUUCAGGAAUUCAUGGACAACGCCAAGGACGGUGUCGUCAUUGUUUCCUUCGGCUCUCUCGUUCUCGACUUGCCCGAGGGCGCUGUCAGCAAAUUGCUGUCGGCUCUGGAGAGCGUGCCAAUGAAAGUUGUGUUUCGUGCCAACAGAACAUCACCAGACCCCGGGAGAAUUUUGAUCAUGUCUUGGAUACCACAAAAUGACCUCCUGGCUCACCCAAACUCCAAGGUCUUUGUGACCCACUCUGGAACCAGCAGCCAGGCCCAAGCGUUGUAUCACGCUGUGCCAAUGCUCUGCAUCCCGUUGUUUUACGACCAGUUCUACAACGCCGAGAGAGUUCGACAGAAAGGCUUCGGGCUGACACUGGACCUGCGCACUGCGAAAGUGUCGGACAUUGUCAGCGCCCUGAUGACUUUGUGGAAAAGCUCGGCCUACCGCGACGCCAUCGCCCGCGCGUCUCACCUCUUCCGCGACCAGAUGGGUGUGCCGGCAGAACGAGGCGCCUACUGGCUUGAUCACGUGAUGAAGUAUGGCGGCGGUUACAUGAGGUCUGCGGGCCAAGAGAUUCCACUGUAUCAGUUCUUAUUACUCGACGUUGUCUUCUUCAUCGUCGCUGCGCUUAUUGUUUCUUUGUGUUUGAUGUCUGCUGCAGUUUGGUGUUUCUGGCGAAAGGACUUUCAGCGAAAAUCAAAAGCUGACUAAACACGAAAUCUGAAAACAAUUUUGAGAUCGUGAUAAGAGUUCUUGGAAAAGGAACAGAAACAAAAUAAAACGUUGAUGUAGUUCGUUGACUGGCCACCACCGCCACAUCAGUUGAUGACGUGUACACGGACACCCGACGCCGCGUCACAGCAUUGUCAUCAGCAGUGACAUGUCACGUGAUCUUCCUCGUAAACAACAAUGAAUGGCACAGCCAAAUCUAUAAGUAAACAAAACAAAACGGAAAGCACGAAGAAGAAGCGCAUAUAUCUGAAGAUGAGCAAGAUCAGGAGAUCAGACCAAGGCUCUUACGGACUGGGUACUCUCCAUCUUAAUUAACCAAUUAACCUUUAACUACUAUUUUAACCAGAGAGAAAUAAUCUUCGACAGUAGCCUUAUAAGCUGACUUAUCAUGUACCCCGUACACAUCCAAUCUCGAUGUCUUGUAAUGUUGUGUUUUCUAGCUGUACACCAGUUAAAAAAAUAAAGAACCUGACAUUUCUA